AUCUGUAAGUCGCUUUGGAUAAAAGCGUCUGCUAAAUGAAUAAAUGUAAAUGUAAAUUUUUUUGUCAAUUUCAUGAACAAAAGAUCAAAAGGUGAAACAACAUAGACACCUUUCACAACCAUAUUCACCAAGGGUGCCAAUAUUAGUGGAGGUCACUGUGUCUUUAAAGAAGAGUGCAAAUCUACCUCAGCUGCAGCGAGUAGAGGGGUCCAGAAAGUCCGCCUCGCGCUCGUAUUCUUGCAGGCUGAAUCUCAAAUCGUUCCUACUCCCUAUACUUGCGCACUACAUACAUGAUGAAGUGCAGGACAGCGAGUAUGCAGUGGGCUGAAGGUAGUGAGGUAUUUGGGAUCGAGCCGCAGCGCCCAUCAUUCUCCUCAUUCUCGCACAGCUUUGUACGGCUGCUGAUGCUGAGCGGUUCUGCAGGGAUGGAUUUGGGAGAGUGAGUGUAAUAAGAAAGCGACGGUGGCUCGUCGAGAUUCGUGUUUGGUAUUCUCUCUGCCAGAAUAAUGAGGAAGAGACGGCAUUGGAAACCUCAGUUUCGUGUAUUUAAGCACUGGAUAAUUGAGAGUUGAGUUUGAGGACGUGUAGUAAGAUCUGAUCCAAUGGCGAAAAAAGGGCGUUCCAAGGGUGAAAAACCUGAAGCCAUCAUCUCUGCCUUACAAGCAGCCAAUGAAGAUCUCAGGUCCAAACUAACGGACAUUCAAAUUGAACUGCACCAGGAAAAAUGCAAGGUCAGCAAGCUGGAACGUGAUAAGACACAGGAGGCCAAGCGCAUCCGUGAGCAGGAGCAGCACCGGCACACUGCAGCUCUUACUGAACAGCGGGCACGCUGGCAUGAGGAGAAGCUGAAGGAGCUGGCAGCACUGCGCGAGUCACUGACGCGACAGCAUGAGCAGGAGCUAGGAAGAACUGCCAAGAUCAAGGAUGGUGAGAUUCAGAGGCUACGGUCUGCAUUAGCUGCAUUGCGUGAUGGAACUGGCGAGAAGGUUCGCACAGCACUGGCUCUGGAGGCACGUGACGAGGCACGGCGUUUUUUUGAGCAGGAACGUGCAAAGUUGCUAGGCGAGAUCGCUGAACUGAAGGCUGUAAAGCGUCACACAGAUGAGGCGCUCAAUGCUGCCAUCCAGGCUGAUAAGACUAAGGCGGUUGAUCUGCGCUCUGAGCACCAGGCGCAUCAGGAGCAGAUCACUAAGAUCAAGUGGGACUGCGAGCGUGACAUUCGGCGGCUGGUAGAUGAAAUCAAAGCGAAAGACAGGACAAUUUUCUCUUUGGAGAAAGAGCUGGAGACCACUACAGGUUUCCUGCAGCGGUUGCAGCUUCAGAAGGAUGCACUGGAUGAGCAGCUUUUCCUUGUGAAGGAAGCAGAAUGUAACCUUGGAAGUCCAAAAAGAGAGAUCCCUGGAAGGGCUGGCGAUGGAGCAGAGCACUGUGGGAGCCCGGAAAUGAGGAGGAAUCAAAGACGCGUUGCUGAACUGAACUCCACGAUCCGAAAGCUGGAAGACCGUAACACACUUCUGCUGGAUGAAAGAAAUGAGCUACUAAAGCGAGUGCGGGAAGCAGAGAAACAAUGCAAGCCGAUGCUGGAUAAGAACAAGCUAUUGAGUAAGAAGAACGAUGAGUUGACUCAGUCUCUCCAGCGCAUGGAAGAGAAGCUGAAGGGCUUGACCAAAGAGAACCUGGAGAUGAAAGAGAAAAUUACUUCUCAUCCACCACUAAAGAAGCUGAAGUCUUUGAACGACUUGGACCAAGCUCAGGAUGAACAAGAGAUUGAGUUUCUGAAGUUGCAGGUUCUUGAGCAGCAGAGCAUGAUCGACGAUCUGACGAGAGAUAGAGAAAAACUUCUCAGGAAGAAGCGGCAUAAACGAAGCAGGCCUAUUAAGAGGCAUAUUGUUGUGGACACAUUCUAUGGAUACGACGAAGAGUCCGUGGACUCCGAGACCUCCUCCGUGGCCUCUUUGCGUAUGGAUCGUACUCCAGCCACACCAGAUGAAGAACUGGAUGAGGGUCUGGCCAAUGAGGAGUCUGAGCUGCGCUUCAGGCAGUUGACACGGGAGUACCAGGCCCUUCAGAGAGCCUACGCCCUGUUGCAGGAGCAGAAAGGUGGUGUUUUUGACGCUGAAAUGGAAGCCAAGGCUCAUGAGCAGCUCCAGGCUGAUGUGCAGAGGUAUAAAGCAAAAAUUGAAGACCUAGAGAAAGAGCUCGCGUCCAGAGGACAAGAUUCCAAAUGGGUAGAGGAGAAACAGCUGUUCCUCAAGCGCAAUCAAGAGUUCCUGGAGAAGAUGGAAAAGAUGGAUAAUGAAAAUUCCCGACUGCAGCAAGAGCUCCAGGACUCUAAAGACCAGAAUGAGCUGCUUGAGUUUCGUAUACUUGAACUAGAGGAGAGAGAGAGGAGAUCCCCACCCUUCACUCUUUCAAUUCACCCCUUCUCGGAGGGAAUAAGUGCCCUUCAGAUCUACUGUAUAAAGGAAGGAGUAAAGGAUGUGUGUAUACCGGAUCUCAUCAAAUUGUUAGAUAUUCUAGGAGAUAAUGGGAAUUUAAGGAAUGAAGAACAGGUGGCCAUUAUCCAAGCAAGUACUGUCCUGUCUCUGGCUGAGAAGUGGAUCCAGCAGAUUGAGGGCACAGAGGCAGCACUCCAUCAGAAGAUGAUGGACUUGGAGCUGGAGAUGGAGAUGUUCUGCAAGCAAAAAGGCUAUCUGGAGGAGGAGCUUGACUACAGAAAGCAGGCCCUUGAUCAGGCUUAUAUGCAAAUCCAGGAGCUGGAGGCAACCCUGUAUAAUGCACUGCAACAAGAUAAGGUGAUCAAAUACGGUGAGCCACUGAGUGAGCUGCAGAGAGAUGAGCUGCGCGCGGCUGUGGAGAAGCUCCGACGCCAGAUGCUGAGAAAGAGCCGCGAGUACGACUGUCAGGUGCUGCAGGAGAGAAUGGAGCUCCUCCAUCAAGCCCACCAGAGAAUAAGAGACUUGGAGGAUAAGACAGAUAUUCAGAGAAGGCAAAUUAAGGAUCUAGAGGAGAAGUUUUUAUUUCUGUUCCUUUUCUUUUCUCUUGCCUUUAUUCUUUGGCCAUAAUGUCAGAGACAUCUGCUGCAGAGGUGCUGCGGCAGCGUGAAAUCUUGGGAGCAAGUGCAGUUUUCCACUUGUGAUGACGAAAACUGUACUCCUGGCCAUUUUUUCUCUAUUGUUGUUGUGGGUGGGUAGAUAUUGGAAAUGUAGUGCUUGUUUAUACUAGCUGCAAUGGACUUGCCCUCCAAAGUAAGGAAGCUUUGGAUUACCUGGCAAAAUAACACAACCUGAAGUAACACGAACACUGUGUCAACAACUUGCAGGUGAACCAAACCAAGAUGAGGAGGAUUAUACAGUUUAUCUCUGCCAUGCAGGGGAUUUCCCAUUCCACCUGCCGAUCGCAUCUUUCACACCAGAAACUCCAUCUUUCAUCAGACUCUCAGUUAGAACCUGUCAACUCUCUCAUGUACACUCUCAUGUUUUUUCUUCCUGCCCACACAAACAUGCAUAAGAACGCCUAAUGUGAAUGGACACUGUUAUUCACACUCACGCACACCCAGGAGUUACAACACCUGACUCAGGUCUUCGUUGUCCGAACUCCUAAGAACAGAUUUGUCUCACACUGCCUGAAAAGGGAAUGGCAAAAAGAAAGAGAUCAAAAACACUGCAUUCACUGAGAACAUAUUCCUCAGUCUAAUCAGUCCGGCUCCUCAGAAACCAGUUCACUUCAAAAUAUUGGUGAAACUGAGUGAAAUUCCAACUAGGACUACUGUUUACUUAUUGCGCCCAUAUGUAUGUAUAUAUACAACCCCUGGCAAAAAGAAACGGAAUCACCAAACUAAACAAAUCACAGAUCACUGAAAUCAGAUCACUCAAACAAGUUCAAUGAAAUGAUUUGCAUUAAUGGCAUACUAAGUAGACUUGAUCUGGAAAUCUGAAAAUAUGCCAUUAAUUAAAGCAAUUGAAUUUGUUUGAGGUGUGUUCCAUGAAGCCAGAAUGUUUAGCUGUUAAUCAAAAAUUGUUUUGUGUCAUAAAGCCUCCUCUAAGGGUGGUGAUUCCAUAAUGUUUUGCCAGGGGCUUUGUGUGUGUGUGUGUGUGUGUGUGUGUGUAUAUAUCACUAUUUCCCUGACAAUAAUCAAAAGUGUAUUAUUAAAAAUGAUCAUUAUUUAUCACUUGAUAUAAUUUGUUGAUAUGUACAUUUGUUAGAAUAUUUUCUUCUAGCUCUCCUUCCCACUGUGAAUACCCCCCUUUCUCUACCGCUUGAGCAGUAGCAUCUCUCAGCAGUUUAUUAUUUAUUGACUGAUUGUUGUAGUGAUGGCUGCAAAUGAAAUGCAGUCAUUUCACGUCAUUUCAUUUUUCCUGGAUCUGCUACCUUGGCAGAGGUUUUUCUUCCUCCCCACCCGUAAUGGGAACCCAUCUUUUUUACUCUUUUAGAGAGGAAUAACAUUAACCUACAGGCAGAAGCUUCUUCAGCUGACUUGUAUGGAAUGACCUGUUCCAGCUACCCUUCAAGUUUGUUGUAGUGUGCUUGUAAAUAUGUUUCUGAACAUUGGACAUCUGUACUGGGAUUAAUUAAAAUCUAAAUACCUCUUCA